GUUGUACUCUCUUUUCAGUCCGCUAGCUGCCACUUGGACGAUUUUGUAUUCACCUUGAUAUGUAAAUGUCCACAGACCGAAUUAAUAGAUGCGUUGUUGCGAACGCUCAAUUGGCAACUGGCAAUUGCCAAACUCGAACAUGCAACAUCUGUGUUGGAUGAAAAAGAGGAAAAUGGGAUUUGUUUUGAUGCGAAGCAACCUUCAAUUCUCGUUGAAUUGUUUAAGGAUACCUCUUCUACCUGCCCCAAAGAGACUACAGAAACCUUGGCUAAAUUGAAAGCUGAUGCGCCUCAGGAUACUUGUCACCAGGUUCCAAAUACUGUUGCAGAGCAACUAGGACGAACUACUGAAUCAGUUAAUACUAUAGCUACUAUCGAGUCGGAUGGGGGGUCAAGUCAAAUAUCAUCUAGCCUUGCUGGUAGGUUCUUUGAUCGACGCGAAAAACAGGAUUUACCAAAUCAGAGGGAAUCAAAAAUUCGACCUGCUCUUCGAUUGGAGCAGACAGAUCGGAUGUGUCGUGCGGCGGGACGAUUUGUUCGCUCAGUCGCUCGUAUUUAUACCUGCCUAGCCCUUGAACUUACUCCUGAUUAUUAUAAAAAGAAAACCCGUCCCACACUUUCGCAAACACGUCCACUUGAAGUUUGUCGGCACAUUUUCUUCAAACUCGCUCCUAUUGUGCUGGCGGAACUUCCUGUUAUUGCAACCGGCCUUCUGGGUCCAGUCCGGACCGGGGCCCUUCGUCCUUCCGCCUUUUUCUCCCUCUCAACUCAAUCAAAUGAUGCAAUAAACGGCUUGGAGCAAGUGCUUAACAUUGAACGCUCUCAAGCUACCAGGCGUCAAUUAGCUUUACUUUCUGAUGCCCACAGUUCAUUGAAUCUGCGUUCUCACAUGCCUACUUCAGGAGCUCCCGAAAACCGUAGGGACUCUAACUCGAGAGGCCAGCGGCCCCAAACAAAUCCUCUUGGGUUUUGA